UCAUUCAAUUUUUUGUUUCUCAAACAGAGUCAAAUGACCCGAAUACGGAGGGGUCAGACAAACGAUUACGGGCGGUAUGGACGGUAGCCACCUGGCAUUUAGGAACAAUUAAAUAAACUCAUGUCACUUGGAAAGAUAUUGAAGAAGCAAUGCAACUUUCUUUUGGAACGUAUGCAACGUUUGGAGAUAAUAUGAAAGCGACAAAUAUUAGUGACUUGAAAGGAUUUCAAUCAAUAAUCGCUUUGAUUGAACCCGAUUGGAUUGACGUUGAAAAGGGAAAAGAUCUUCCGAAGAAGUUUGCAGUGAAGAUAUCCACACAAUUGGCUCUUGCUGUUCUUUCAAAAAUCAUGAAACUCGGGGGUGAGAAUGGAUUCAGUGAAGAAAAGCUGAAUGAACUUGGGAAACUUAUUAGAGAUGGACAUAAUCGUGAAGUUGCUACUUAUAAACUUCUUGAGAAAAUGAAUCAUCCGGACAUUCCAUAUACAAAGGUCUAUGGACUCAAAGGAUAUUCUGAUGCAAAUGAUUUGAAGGGUUUCAUGAUUAUGGAAUUUAUUCCAAAUGUUCGUUCAAUUCCAAUGUAUGAAGCAAUUCUAGCAGAUGACCUCAUUUCUCUUGUUCGUGGAAUUGCCACUUUUGCAGCACUUGGGGAAACUUUAUCAGAAGAAGAAAAAGCUUUUGCCGGAGGACCUGAAUACCUAGAAUCGAUGUUUGAAGAAGUAUUCACUGAUGAACAACUUGAAAGAAUAUAUUAAUCUCUUCGUAUAUCGUUUGGAGCUGAAUAUCCAGAUAUUGUUGAAGAAGCAAUUGGAAUUUUUAUUCUUUAUAAAAAAUCAGUGAGCAAGUACACAAAAAUAUCAGAGUUACUGGGAUUCAAAUUAGUAUUGAACCAUGGGGAUCUAUGGCAAUCGAACAUGUUACAUUGCUUGGAUGAGUUUGGA